AUGGUCGUGCGGUACAAGACAGACUUCGACAAGUUUGUCAUUGUAUCAAGCUGUGAGCGGCGUGGCUGGGUGCGGACCACCCCAGAUAACUCCGAUGACUGGGACCUGUACUGGUCGAAUGUCCACACUGCAAAGCAGAUCUUUCUGCCUGAGAACGGGCUCAGGCUGGAACCGCACCAGUUCAUCAACCAUUUCCCCAAUCAUUAUGAGCUGACCAGGAAGGACCUGAUGGUGAAGAAUUUGAAGAGGUAUCAGAAGCAGGUGAAGAAAGAAGGGGGCGACACGGCUGCCUUGGACUUCAUGCCGACCACAUAUAUGAUGCCACAGGAUUACUCCCUUUUUGUUGAGGAGUUCCGGAGGUCAACGAACGUGGCUUGGAUCAUGAAGCCAGCCUGCAAGGCUCAGGGAAAGGGGAUCUUCCUGAUCAACAAGUUGGCACAGGUGAAGAAGUGGGCCCGUGCUGCAGGCAACGCCCGCGAAAAGGACCAACAGGAGAACUAUGUCAUCUCAAGGUACAUUGACAACCCCCUGCUGAUAGGUGACAAGAAGUUCGACCUGCGGCUGUAUGUGGUGGUCCUGUCGUACCGACCUCUCAAGGUCUACCUGUCCAACAUGGGCUUCGCCCGCUUCUGCAACAUCAAGUACACAACAGAGAUGUCUGAGCUGGAUAACCAGUUUGUGCACCUAACGAAUGUGGCCAUACAGAAGAGGGGCGUUAAAUACAACAGCCUGCAUGGCAACAAGUGGCCCCUUGCGGACCUGAGACUCUUCCUGGAAGGCGUCAGGGGGUUGGAAGCCACGGAGGCGCUUUUUGCGGGGUUGGAGCAGAUUAUCGUGAAUUCGCUCAAGGCGGUGCAGAACGUGCUUAUCAACGAUCCUCACUGCUUUGAACUGUAUGGCUAUGACAUCAUCAUUGACGACACGAUGAAGCCAUGGCUAAUCGAGGUGAACGCCAGCCCCUCCCUCUCCACCACCACCAAGGCGGACCGCCUGAUGAAGUGCAAGAUCAUCCACGACACCCUCUCCCUGGUGGCCCCCCAGGACGGGGUCCGGGCGCCCACCCGGCCCCGCAGCGCGCCCGCCCACCUGCCCCGCCACCACGACGCCCAGCCCCUCCCCGGCGCCUCCCGGGCCUCAACGCCCAAGCGGGUGGGCUGCAUGGCCCUGCUGUACGACGAGACGGAGGCCCUGGAGCGCGGGCGGGCGCGGCGCGACGCCCAGCUGGUUUCCAAUGCGCACAGGAGGAGCAAGAGGCAGACAAUGCUGGGGUACAUGGACCGGCCGGCGUCCGCGCACCCUUAA